GGAGGGGCGCUAUUGAAUAAAACGGGAAGUGAUGUGAAGUUGGCUAAGUAAACGACUUCUGAAACACGGAAUAAUCUCGCAAGACCAAGUUCAUGACUCCAAGGGAAAGGGAAAUUAUUUUUUUCGUAUAUUAGUUGAAAUUGCUGGUGUAUUAAAGUUACUGCGUCGAGGAAUCCAACAACCUACAGUAGUGACGCACUAGUGGUCAGAAAUCAGCGCUCACUAUGUCUGAUGGGGACUAUGAUUACCUCAUCAAAUUCCUAGCCCUGGGAGAUUCAGGGGUGGGAAAAACCAGCUUCCUCUACCAGUAUACAGAUGGGAAGUUUAACUCUAAGUUCAUCACCACCGUGGGAAUUGACUUCAGAGAAAAACGAGUGGUAUACAAAUCAAAUGGUCCUGAUGGCACAGCAGGUAGAGGGCAGAGAAUUCACCUUCAGUUGUGGGACACAGCUGGACAGGAGAGGUUUCGAAGUUUAACAACAGCAUUCUUCAGAGACGCCAUGGGCUUCCUGCUCUUGUUCGACCUUACUAACGAGCAGAGUUUCCUCAAUGUCCGAAACUGGAUGAGUCAACUACAAAUGCAUGCGUAUUGUGAGAACCCAGACAUCGUCCUGUGUGGGAACAAGUGUGACCUGGAGGACCAAAGGGCCGUCAGUGAGGAUGAGGCUCGGGAGCUGGCAGAGAAAUAUGGAAUUCCAUACUUUGAGACCAGUGCAGCAAAUGGUGAGAACGUGAGCAAGGCCGUGGACGUCCUGCUGGACCUCAUCAUGAAGAGGAUGGAGCGCUGCGUGGACAAGUCCUGGAUCCCCGACGGCACCGUGCGCUCCAACGGCCACAGCACCACAGACAUCACGGAACCACAGGACCCUGAGAAGGGCAAAUGUGCCUGCUAAGAGUCCACGCAACAGCUAUCUUUACUGUCUCCCUUUUUAUCAUUGGAUUGGACAAAAAUAUGGGAGAGGUUGCCCUCAUGAUUUAUUAAUACUGAUAGAGGAAUGUUGGAGAAUAUACAUGGAUGGUGAAUGCAUCUAAUGGCAAUUGCGACUACCCUUCUACUCUCAUUUACACACAGUAUGUUAUACCACUGCAUUAUGAUUUAUUUUUUUUUGAUGUUAGAUUGUAGCUCAGACACUGUUUAGUCCUCACACUCAGAAGUGUCUUUUUAGAUCUUUUGCAUUUGAAGUGACGUGCAAUGAAAAAGAAACUUGUCUUAAUGAGGGUUGUCCUCAGAAAUGUUAUCAAGAAAAUAGCUGUCCUGUCACGCAGGUUCAUGAGAUGUAAUUGAUGUACCCUGCAGCGCACUCUCCUAAAUCCUGAACGCCUUACUCUUCUGAAAUGCAAAGAUUCCGAGCACAUUCAAGUAAUCAAUGUACAAUUUUUUGUGCCACAUUUUACAGCAAUUAGCAUAUAUUGACAUCUUGGAUGUAUGUUUGCCAAGUAUGGUUCCACAGAUAUGAUAUUUUCAGAUAUAAUGUCUUUGUCCCUCGGGGCCUCUCAGUGCCCCGGGGCUACUGUAUUGUCUGCAACACUGUAUCAUUGCCAACACACUUUAUGCCAAAAAUGGACACCAAAUUCUUUAUUCCAGGAAAAAAAUAAAUAUAUUUUAUUAUUUAUUGAA